GUUUCAAACAAUCAGGUUUUUAUUUUCUCUGACAGAUUAAAUAUGUAGAAUUGUUUUGUGCUUUUUGGAAUCACACAGAAUAACACAACCUCUUUGAUAUUGUUUUGAAUAACCCCAGCUUUCAUCAACUGUAAAAAAAAACAAGCUCAGUGAUAGUAUAUGCUACUCUUUAUAUUUUUACUGUAUAUGUACACCUGUACAAACUCUAGUGCUCAUAGGAUACCAACAGUUUUCCAAACUAUUAGAGUUUUGCUAUUGGCUGUAUCUGCUGCCAUCUGCUGCCAACUUUGCCAGCAUCUUUAUUAACUUUUACACUUGUCAGAUUCCCUUAUCCAGAGCAACUCAUUUUAUACAACUGAACAACUGAGGUUUAGGGGCCUUGCUCAGAGGCCCAGCGUUGACAGGUUGGUGCACCCGAGUUAGCGUUUUUUUUUUUUUAAGUUAUAUUCAACCUGUAGAAUGGUGGCCUAUGUGAUGAAACAGCACUUUAUCUCAAAUUAAAUGAUGAGUUAAAAUUAACUUUACUUCCUCUCCAUAAAAAUCCUUUAUCUGACAAGCUCCUUCACAUUUCUGCUAUUCAAGUCUGCAGUUUAUAAAAAGCCAGGAUGAAUAUAUUUAUUCUUGUGUUUUAAGUAAAAGUGUAACAAUUAGAUGAUUUAGAUUGAAAUGAACUUUUUAUCAAAAAAGGUUUGUAAAGUGGGCUGGUGACUUGAUACAUUAAACAUUGCUUCUCUAAAUCAUCAUUUGCAAAUUAAUCCUAGCCAUAUCCCAAAUUAUAAACAAAAUUGGUCGCAUAUUGAUCAGGUGUUACUUAGUCAUGGAGUCUCGUAUUAUAGCAGAUGCAUUCAUAUCUUCAAAUAUUCAUCUGGAUGUUUACAACCUUAUAAGAAACAGCACUUUUCACACUGCAUAAACAUGUUUUUAAAGUUAUUGAUUGGCCAUUAGACUAUUGCGCUAUAGUGAACCGAUCACCACUUUAUGUAUCAGCUGCACACUUUCUAACUAAGCAAAAAGGAAAAAAGAUUGUUUGUAUGAAUUCAUACUUUAUUUAGUGACUAUGGUAAAUUAGCAUUUGCCUACAUGAGAAGUUGCUGCCUACAUCAGCCUUUUAACACAAGGUUAAUCUUCAUGCAGUUCUCAUUCGCACCUCAGUACUAAUACCUCUUCUGAAUGACCUAUGAUUUUAAAAAUGUUGCCAUUUGGCAAGAUACAGUAUAAGCAGAUGUUGCAUUGAUUUGGUCACCUUUCCAGUUGUACAGCCUGUUCACCACCUCAUUUAUAUUCUGAACAGUUAUUAUUGUACCUACAGUAUUGGUCAGAUAUGGGAACUGCAACAAGUGCUUCUAGAAUAGGAAUAAUGUUGCACCAUGCUUGCACAGGGCAGUUAAUGAAAGGGUUGCCAAAUCAGUCUAGCUCUAAAUACACCACAGGCACCAGCAUUUUUUGUAACAACAAAUAUUCAGAAAUAAAUCUAAUUAAGUUCUAGUAAAGUACAGGCAGUUUUACACAGUAUACAACCAUUUUUUAAAUUUAAGAUGUAUUAGCAAAGAUUAGGAGAGGGAAGGGGGUUAGAAAGUGCAUGAAGUAUCAGGAGUUUGGUGACCCUGUUUGCCAAGAAAUACUGAGAUAAAAGAAUAAGAUGUCUCCACUUUUCAACGAGUUUUCCAUUUUUGGAAUUUUGAGCUAGAUUCAAGUCUCUUGUGUACAUUUUUGAGAUGUUUGAACACUGUUGAGCAAAGUUAAGGUCUAAACCACUAUUCUGGUUUACUGUAUGUUGUCGACUUACCUGUCUAUUAAAGGGUUACUCUAACAAUUAAUCACAAGAAAACAGCUUAUAGCAUAAUUCAAGUGUGAUAUACUUUUGGUUGCUGUUAAUGUUGCCCUGAAACUCUAAAAUCUAUGGUCAUGAGCCACUGUUGCUGUUGAAGCCAAUUGUUUCCUAGAAACUCACUCAUCAAGUGAAAAAACAAAACAAAACAGGAGACAGAAAGAGGAUUUCAAAGAAAACCAUUUUUCUCUGGGAGUAAUAUUUUCGGGAGCUAUGUUUUUAUACUAAGACCUGCAUGUGUGCAUGGAAGAAAUCUGGGGUAACUACUGCUUCUGAUCUGAUACAGACUACACACUAUUCAAACACUAAAACUCAUUUUACACAGCAAAAAUAAAUAAAUAUAAAAUACAAAACACACAUAUACUCAUGCACACACUGUAAUUGUAUAAAGUAUGGCUGAAUUAAUUAUGGUAUUUUAAGGACACUUAAGAAAUACUAAUAGAAACAUUCAUGUUCAUAUUCAAAUAGAAAAAUGUAUUUCGGAUAAUGAAAAAAGAUCUAACGUAUAAUCCUUUGGGGAAAAUACACUAAUUUAAUGCUUGUCUUGGACGGAUUCAGGAAUAAUCACUUUGAGUGUCCUCUCUCUCCCUCCAACCCUCUUUUUCUAUCUGUAUUCUAUCAUAGCCCAUCUGUUUUCUUCCUUUAUAUCUCUCUCUCUCUCUCUCUCUCUCUCUCUCUCUCUCUCUCUCUCUCUCUCUCUCAGUUUCUAUGAAUGAACUUUGCUUUGCUAAAGUAUGGAAACAAUGUUGAAAAUUUUUAUGAUAACCUAAUUGGCAUGUAUGAAAUUAUACAGUACGUGUCAAUUUUAACAUGUACACACACAUACCACACAAUACUUUCUGAUGGCUUUAGGGUAAGAACAUUUCACCCCUCAGACUCUGUCUGCAAACUUUUUUAACUCAAAAUAUUGCCAUGUGACACACAUCGAAGAGGUUGAUGUUAAACUUGGAAUGUGCAAGCAUUUUUAAUCACUUUUUAUUUUAAACCCUGAUAAAUUCUGUGCAUUAUAGCAAUUUCAUUUUGAGUGUGUAGAUAUAACACAGAGGACAAGUUGAACAUUAUAGCUUACAAGUAUGUUAUAUUUAAUCCUGAAGCCUCACUGGACCCAGCACUGUGACUUCAGGUCAUUGCGCAUCAAGAUUCUCUAAUCUCAGUCUGCUCUGACCGACUGCUGCGGUUGUGCUACCUGCAGCACAUACACACUCUCACACACUCUGCCUUAGCCAUGGCCCGGCUGCACAUAGCUCUGCUGGCCCUGCUGCCCAUUGUCCUCAUCCUAACUGUGCUGUCUACAGUAGAAAGUGCAGCAGUGAGAGAUGGAAAAGAAAAAGACAGUGAACGCCAGGGUCCAUCUAAGAAGGUUUUUGUGCCAGCAUCAGAUGCAGCAAACUUUUUCAAGCGUCGUGGCCGCAGGUCUCCAAAAUUAUACACCGAGUAUUUAGCGGAGCACAAGAUGCAGUUGGCUGCCUCUGAACGCAGGAGGGAAUACUACGAUGAACAGAGCAAUGAGUAUGAGAACCAUCUGGAGGAGAGCCGAAAUGAGCAGUAUGAAAGGAACCGGGAGAAUGCCGAGCAAUGGAGGGAGUAUCACUACGACGGGCUCUACCCACAAUACCCACAUCACCGCCCUUAUUACUAAGGGUCUCAUAUAACCUUGCAUGGCUGAAGGUCACACAGUGGUAGCAAUUUGGAUGCUUUUUUUUUUGUUUGUUUUGUGGAAUUGAUGUAAUCUGCACUUUAUAUAUACGUUGUAAGUGCAAUCAUUUCAAAACAUGGUGAAUAUAUACUGCUUAUCCGACAAUCCGAUAAUAAUCCUUCGUAACCUGCAUCGAUUACUUGUUUUUAAAUUGUAAAGAUUUCAUAAUCAUUUUGUAUACUUUAUAUAUGCUUAUAAUAAACGUACAUGGUGGAUGCAGAAUGUA